AUGUGUAUCAAAUUCAGCGCCAGAGCGUCUGUUGCGAGUCCAAAGCAAUUCAUCCCACCCAAGGGCCAUUCUGCUGCUGGGACGUCCCGGGGUCUCGCAUCGCUCAAACCGGACCAUAACGCCGUAUCGAUGCAAGACCAAGAAUAUUGCAGAAGCAAGGUCUAUGCCCAACUGGCUACACUCUGCAAUGGAGCACACCCUGAUGGUCACGCAAGUCUAUUGAAACGCGCUGGUGAUCAAAUUGUCGAAGAUAAAGCAUGUGGGCCAGCGGAAGGCGAGCCGCUACAUGGAAGCAAUCAUUGCCAUGCUCUCAAGAAAUUUGUGGGCAAUACUGCGGAGCGCUAUGCCAAGAAUCGCUACCUUGAUAAUCACCUGGGUGACUAUUGCUGGCCUGAAUAUGGCGUUUGCAUACAUCCCAGACCUCCCAAUCGUGUUGGCCGUAGCAGUGGCGGUCUUGUGACGAGUUUGGCUUACCAGAAGAAUGCGAGUCGUGCCUUCCUAAACACAAUCGUGGCUUAUGCCUGCGCCUUUGUUUGAUUUGUCUCUCGACACCACCGGAACCAAUGCCCAGGCCCAACAUGCCCCUUUGGCCCAUACUCCCGUUUAUGCCACCUUCCAGAACUAGAC